AUGUCUUCCAAGAAGAAAUUUACAUCAUAUGAAAUAUCUUCUCCGCACGCGAAACAGGAUCAUUCGCAAAUGCCAUUUCGGAUUCCUGUUGCUAUACGAAAACAGUAUGGGAAAAAGGGUUGGACAUCAAUCAUGGCAACCCGAGACGAUCGUUUGUCAGCUGAAACAUGUUUUAUAGCAGUGAUGUUGGUAACUGGUUUGGGUUUAGGGGAUGUUACUGCAGUAACUGUGAUAGAAUUGGCUGUUACUUCAUUUGUGAUGAUAGCUGGAUUUUGCUUUGCUGUUUUAUACUUUAUUGGAACUCUAUCAUCGGUGAUGGUGAACGAUGCAGAACGACUGGAGUUGUAUAGGGCGGACCUCAUUGCCAUCAGGGAUUAUUUGACGGAUAUCAAUUGCGAAGAAAAAGUCAAGAACAAGGUUAUAAGGUAUUAUAUCGAACUGUGGCAUUAUAAAAAAGGAAUAAAGCGAGUUCCAAGCAUAGAUCUGUUACCCAUAUCAUUACGUAUGGAACUCUUUCACGACAUGUGCAUGGGACCUUUUAAAUCCACUUUACUAUUUCGAUUUUUGCCAGACUAUUUUCUUCGUAAAUUAUCUAUGAGUAUGAAGCCAGUAUUUUAUCUACCAGGAGACAUUCUCAGCCACCAGCACGUUGCCAAAUACAUGAUGAUCAUAAUUCUUUCCGGAGUUGUCCACAUUUUGUCAGAUGAAGACAAUGAAAGUCCAAUCAUUUCGUUUGAUUAUGGGACUUGUAUAAGUGAAAUUGGAAUGGUGUACACCUUGCCUGCAAAAUCUUCUAUAAGAGCUGCCACUUAUUUAGAGGUGUUGACCUUGCACAAGUUGGACUUUUUUAGAGCUGUUAAGGAGUAUCCGGAAAUACAGAAGAGAAUUAGGUUGAAUAUUCAAGAUCGGAUUGAAAGGGCGCAUAAAAAAGAUAUAUAUCGGCCAAAGAAGAAAAACAUUUUUAAUCUUUUUGUGACCCAAGAAACAGAAAUUACUGCUAUCAAACAGAUAAAAAAGCUGCUUAAAGCCAAACCAGACAUGGAGAAUAAUUUCUUUGGAAGAAUAUUUAUAAUACGCAUUUGCAAAUAUACUCUUUUCUUGCUUCUGCUUUCUUACUGGAUGGGAGUAAUUUUAUACAUAGAAUCCUGUUUCGCUUUACCAUGUCGAAAAACUUCUUGGUAUGUACAACAACAGAUUAUGGAAGUCACAAAUCAUAUGGGGGUUUCUUUUGUUAAACAUAAAGAAAUUAUGUCUAUUUAUUUUGGAUUUAGCACGGUAUCAGGUGCUGGUUAUGGAGACCUUUAUCCAACUGAUAUAAUAGAUACUAUUUUCAUUUGGAUUGCUAGACUGUUAGGCAUAAUACUAUUCAAUUACUGCAUUUCAGAUCUAUCAGAAUUUAUAACGUUUAGAUUCCAGUUACAGUCAGCUUUCAAAGAACGAUUUAAUAUGCUUCUAAGAUAUGUUUCCCAAAGUGAUGUCACAAACGCGGUGAAAAAUCGGCUUCUAGCCUGUUACGUACUACAAUGGUAUCAUAGUGGAGGAUUUAGAACCGCUCAAAAGCAUCAAUUAUUGCAAAAAGCAGUAUCUUUUAUGAGACAAGAUGUACUAGCAGCAGAAAGGAAAAAAACUUUAAAAAAAGUUCCGCUGUUUAGUUCUACAAACGAUGAUUUUAUCGCUACAUUGGCAUCAGGAUCAAGAAUGGAUACACUUCCACCAGGCGAGUAUGUCGUUUAUGCAGGACUUGUAAAUCGCCAACUAUAUAUUAUUCAUCAAGGUUAUUGUGAGAUUAUUGAAAAUAAUACUGCUAUAAGAACUUUACAUCCUGGAGCCCACUUUUGUGUCGAGUGCUUGUUGUACGGACAUCCAAGUAUUUUAACGGUAAGAACAUUGACACAUUGUAAAAUUCUUAGCAUCAGCAGCUACAUAUUUUUUAAAGCCACUGAUAUGUUUCCAAAAUACUUAGAGCAUGAACAGCUUUCAUUUGAUAACAUUUUGGCAAAAACUUAUAAAACGUAUAAAAAAGAAUCUCAAGUAUUAUCCAAAGCAAAGAUCGUCAAUAGUAACAUUAUGCGAAUAAAGAAUCUCUUUGCUAAUUCUCUGAUAAAUGUAAAGAAAUAUUGCCGUCGAAGGCAUGAAAAUUAUAAUAAAGGUUUUGAAGGUGAUAACAAUAUAUUUAAGUAUAUUUUAUUGCCUAUUUGCAUCACACCGCAAGGUCUAUUAUUGAAGAUAUGGUGUUUCUUCAGGAUAUUGGCAGCUUUUUGCAUUGCAAUGUUGUUGCCAUUUGAUAUUACAAUUACACCAUAUACGAAUAACUUUGUUAACUUAAUAAUAAUUGUAUCGGAUGCGAUAGCUUAUAUUGAUUUGUACGUAAGCAUGUUUAUUGGAUACUAUGGUAAACAAGGCCAGCUCAUAAUACAUCCCAUGAAAACAGCUAAAAGAUAUGUAUCUACGCUAUUUAUUCUAGACAUCAUAUUAUGUAUUCCAAUAAAUAAAAUAAAUCGUGCUCUUCCUUUAGAUGAUUAUAAGGAAGUCGAAUGGUGGUUGAACAUGAUUCGUCUUAUACGAAUUGGACAAGUUUACAGAAUUCACGGGGCGAUGUCGUACCUAUUAAGUGAUAUAUUAAAAUCUGAUAGAAUUUAUAUCAUUAUUGAAUUUAUCGUAAUUACAUUAGUUGCUAGCAAUAUUUGGUCAUGUAUAUUUGUGAAUACCACUUGUCAACCUUAUUUAAAACGUGCAGAUGAGAUACAUAUGAAAUGUCUGGAAGGUUCUUGGCAUGUCCGAUCCGUUUUUGCCAAUCAAACUGAAGCUUUAGAAGUUUACUUGACGGCUUUUUAUUGGACAAGUUCCCAAAUAAUAGGCUACGGAUUUGGUGAUAUUACUCCGCAUAAACCUGUUCAUAUAAUGCAUUGCAUUCUUAGCAUUCUUGUGGGCCAACUUCUGAUUGCCUUUGCAUGCGCUUACAUCGCCAGUAGCAUUUCCACUCAACAUCGUACUUUAGUAACAUUUCAAGAAAAACUGUGCAAUAUAACAAGUUUCAUGAAACGUCAAAAUGUUUCACCGGAUCUACGAAAAUUGAUACAUAAGCACUUUUUACAACGAUACAAAAGAACUGGAGGAAUUGAACCUAUGGAGGUCCUGAAUGAUAUACAUACCACGCUAAUGGAAGAUGCUGUGCAUAGUAUGUUCGAGGAAACUUUACAAAUUGUACCUUUGUUUUCAUUGGUAGAAAAAUCAUUUUUCCGAAUUAUUGCCUUGCAUUUAGCAAACAGGCAUUAUGUUAAAGGAGAAGAGAUUGUUCGUUGUAACUAUAUUACUCGCAAUAUAUACAUACUACAUCGGGGUAAAGUACAAGUUAAAAAUAGUAAUGAUGAGCCGAUUUGUAUAAUUGGUCCUGGUGCAAUAUUUGGUCGAAUUAAUGCACUUGCUUCCAAGCCCAGUUCUGUUACCAUAGAAGCUUUGCAUAAUUUAGACGUAUUGGUGAUUGAAUAUGACAUAUUUUAUAAUAUUCUUAAAGAUUACCCGAAAAUUAUGCAUAAGAUCCAUAACGAGUUAAAGAAAGAUGUGGAUUAUAUUUUGCCUAAAGUGAUAAUUGACGAUGACGCAACAAGGGUCAGCUUGUGUUCUAAAUUCACCACUAAUACUGAUAUUACUGGGAGUACUCAAGUUACCUUGAAUACUGUUGUAACUAUGGAAAGUAUGCCAAAAUGGAACGUCGUGCUGAAUCCUCGAAAAUGUUUCCGCAUAGCUCUGAUACCAGAUUCUAUAUUAUGUCAGAUUCAUAGUGCAUUGGUAUUAAUAGCAUCAUAUGCUAGCACAAUUCUGAUAACUUAUCAAUUUUUUUUCCACGAUCUGUCUCUAAUAUAUAUACUUCCAAGCAUAUGCAUAGAUCUCGUAUUUAUUUUGAAGAUUUUACUAGAUUUACAAAUGGCCUAUGUCAACAAAUUAGGAGAUUACGUUCUUGAUGUUAAACUUAUCCGUAUGAGGUAUCUUACUGAUUACAAAGAACGUCUUAUUGAUGUGGCAGCUAAUUUGCCUUUGUGUUAUUUUGCGUUGCUAGUACCUGGACCUUUUGGGCUUGAUCUUUUUGUAUAUCUUCGAUUGCAUCAUCUAAUUCGGAUUGUGUACAUUAUACAAUUUUAUAACGUGCAUUCAAGAAUGUUAUCAAGUGCUAGUUUUCUGCUAAAACUUAGUUGGUUACUUGUAUGGUUCACUUUAUUGAUGCACAUUUUUGCUUGUUUUUGGUUUUACAUUCCUUGCAUGGGUUCAAAAUGCAAACGAGGUUUUUGGGGUGAAGAAAGAGGUUUGGCCAAAGAAGAACAUCCAUUUGCAAACUACGUUCAUUCUUUAUAUCAUAUGACCAACAUUAUGACUAUGACUGGUCAUGGAGACAUCAAGCCUAUGAUACCCGUGGAACUGUUAUUGUCUGUAAUGUUUGUGGUGACAACUAAGAUUUUUGUUGGUACUCUUAUUGGUGAAAUAUCAUAUGUUCAGAAUUUGUAUUCUUUGGAGCAAGUUAAUUACACUAGAACUGUCGUGGAAUUGAAGCAUUAUAUGACUAAUAAUAAUUUGAGUGCAGUUAAGCAGAAGAAAAUGUGGAACUAUGUACGACGAUUGUGGAUUAAAGACAAGGGCAGGCAAAUGCCUUCAUUGUACAAUGAUUUACCUUUAUGUCUGAAAUGUGAUUUGAUGUAUGAAAUGUAUGGGAUUCAUAUUCAAAAUUCCUACGUGUUCGAGAAAUGCUCCAUGGAUUUUAUAAAGCAGCUCUGUGCUCAUCUAAAUAGAUACAUUUUUUAUCCGACUAAUUACGUUGUUCAAAGUGGCGAUGCAGAUCUUUGCAUGUAUUUUAUUCAUUUGGGCGAAAUUGAAGUUCUAACAAUUCAUCAAGAUAUGUCUGAAACAAUACAUGAUGUUUUGGGAACCUGGGACACAUUUGGAGUGGUUCAGGGUUUAUACAGCGGAAUUCCACAUUACUUCUCAUUUAGAGCAAAAACUGAAGUAGAAAUCGUAUAUUUAUGUUAUAACAAUUGGAAGCAUUUUCAACAAUUCUUUCCAGAUGUUGUUGCUACAAUUUAUGAAAGAGCCGAGAAAAUAUUAUCUUACAAAGUCUAA